CCUUCUUCUUCCCUGCUGCACUCUGGUUCUCCCUCUCUCUCUCUCUCUGCCCCUGAUGGCCACCCGGGUGCUGAGCAUGGGCGCCCGCCUGGGCAGCCCCACCGCCGAGGAGCCCGUCUUCGCCCAGCUCAAGCCCGUCCUGGGAGGAGGCAGAGAGGGAGCCCUCUUCCCUGGGACUCAGCAGGACAUCAAGCCUCCUCCGCCGCCGCCGCCUCUGCAGCAGCAGCAGCAGCAAAGUGGAGGAGCCCCCCGCAUCCCAGGCGGAGAGGAGAUGGCGCAGGCACGAUGUGAAAUGGAGAAAUACCUGACAGCCCAGCUUCCUCCUGUCCCUGAACACAAAAAGUACCGACGAGACAGUGCCUCCGUUGUUGAUCAGUUCUUCACCAACAGUGAAGGGGUGCCUUACAGUGUCAACAUGAAUCUAUACCUUCCCGAUAUUACUCAGCUGAGAACGGGCCUGUAUAAAUCGCAGAGGUCCCCGGUUACCCACAUCAAGACAGAACCCAUCACUACCUUCAGCCAUCAGAGUGAGACGGCACCUCCAGCCCCCAACCCCACCCAGGCACUCCCAGAAUUUACAAGCAUCUUCAGCUCCCAUCAGGCUCCAGACAUGAACAAUCUAUUCAUCAAGCAGGAGCUCCCUACUCCCGAUAUUCACCUCUCCAUCUCUGCCCCCCAGCAAGGCCAGCUGUACCAGCUCUUGAGCUCUCCAGAUUUGGACAUGCCAAACCCAACUACGCAGGCUGCAGUGAUGGAUCCUCUCAAUAAUGUUUCUAUGUCCUCUGCCAUGGCAGGCCUUAGUACGCUGUCCUCUGCUAUGCCACAGACAUCAAUGAAACAGUUCCAUGGGCUCCCUCAGUGCACGUACACCAUGCCAAACCAAUUCCUUCAGCAACAAGCCACUUAUUUCCCUCCUUCGCCUCCAAGUUCAGAGCCUGGCAGUCCAGAUAGACAAGUGGAAAUGUUGCAGAAUUUAAGCCCUCCUCCCUCUUAUGCUGCUACAAUUGCUUCCAAAUUGGCAAUUCACAAUACCAGUUUGCCCCCCAACAUCCCAAUGAAUUCACCGCCUGUCCCGGCCGUCAGAUACAACAGAAAAAGUAACCCAGACUUGGAGAAGAGACGGAUUCAUUUCUGUGAUUAUCCUGGUUGUCAAAAAGUCUAUACAAAGUCUUCCCACUUAAAAGCGCACCUGCGAACCCAUACUGGAGAGAAGCCAUAUAAAUGCACGUGGGAAGGAUGUGACUGGAGAUUUGCUCGCUCUGAUGAAUUGACUCGCCACUACAGAAAGCACACCGGGGCCAAACCUUUCCAGUGUCCUGUGUGCAGUCGCAGCUUCUCUCGGUCUGACCACUUGGCUCUGCACAUGAAGAGACAUCAGAACUAGACUGGACUUGUCAAUGAGGCUGUUGGUAUCUAUGCAACUUCCUAGUGACUCAAGUAUAUACAUUCAGUUAGAAUUAGCUAAAUGUUUGUGUAUGAAUGCUCCUCCAUUUUAAAACAGGAAAAAAUAAAAGAAACUGGAAUUGUAUAUUUUGUAUAUUUAUGAGGAAACAGGGAAGACACUGUGUUGCAAUACUUGGAGUGUUUCAACAAUUUACAGCCAUGUGACUUAUUCUUCAUUUAUUUGAUCCCCCCCCCCCCCAAAUCAGGUGUCAUCUCAGGGUUGUCUCCCCUGUUACAUAUUUUGCAGAUACAAAUUUGUCAUUGACACAUGUUCAUCUACAAAAAAUCAUUGUCAGAAUUAUUCAUGCUUCCAGCUUCUAUGCAGACCUCUGAAGCUGUUUGCCAGGCUUGGCACAUUCACACAUGUGUCUGGGACCUGAGCUUUUGCAGUUAGUGGCUGUGUUUAUACUGUAUUUUCACUCAAGAAUUAUGCCUUAAUAAGAAGGAGAACUGUUAGUGGACUGAUAUUUACAGCCUUUCUGCUUUGUCCAUCCUUUCACAUCAGUGAGUAAGCCAACCAUUGUUUAUUGCAUCCUAACAAGCUAGGAUGCAGUGUUUUUACCAGUGUCUCUUUUUGUUUACUAAUCCUGGUUAUAUAUAAACUAUAAUCUUUAGUUUGGAUGUCAUACACAGAUCUCUCUUUGCUGGUUGGUUUACCCACUUCCACAAAUGGAUGGAUGAUUAGAAGCAAAUAGGCCUUACCCACUUGUUCAUGUUCUGGCCUAUGAAGUCAAAAUUCAUGGCUUAAAACAGGUUGGGCAACUUGUGUUCCUCUAGAGUUUUGUAGACUGCAUUGCCAAGCAUUCUUCACCAUUAUACUGGCUAUGUUAAUGCAUGUUGUAGUCCGACAACUUCUAAAGGCCUCAAGUUGCUACUCCUUGUGUGUGUGAAUGCAGCCAGCAACUACUCAGUGAAAAGUAAUCUUUUCUUAUGUAUGGAUUAUUGUGACUUCGGAUGUACAUACAACAUUGAUGUAACCUGAAUGCUAAUUCCUUAUUCUCAAGGGACUCUGAGCACUUUUUGUGAUGGAGGCCAGACCAAACCAAAACCCUCAGAAAACUUUGGGAAAAGAAAAGGCAGUUAAUUGGGACAAAAGCCAUCAUACAUUUGUCAUAUAACUAUGCCCCAGUUUAUGAUUGCAAAAUACAGCACAGGAAGCAUGUCUCUCAAUCUAAGUAUUAUGUCUCAGAAGCUCUGGUAUCUAUAUUUUUAGUGCCCUGACUGAAACACUCUUACUGUGGUGAGCAGUGUUUAAGAAGAUACGAUUGAAUUUGAAUUUGCAGGCUGAGGAAUCUAGAGGACAAGCCACAGUUUUAUUUUCUGCCAGAAUUUUACUGGAUGUUUCAAUACAUGUGUUUUAUUAUUUUUUUUCUGUGGAGAUGAAAUAUAUAUAGAGACAAAUUCAUAAAUAGCCAUAGAACAAAAUGUUCUGUAUGUUGCAUGUUUGCUAAGACAAAGAUUUUGUAAAUAUGCAAAUCGGCUUUUAAUGUUUUAUUACAAUUUUUUCUACAAAUCAGCUGGGAAAAGUAGCAGACAUCUUACUUUGGACAGUUUAAUAUGGUACAUCUAAAAUCCAGCCAUUUUUAAAUACCUCUCCAAAUUGGUACCACCUUAGUUUGAUAAUAAGAUAGCUAUUCAAAUACUUUCUUCAUACAGAUGUGAUGCACUGAAGUAUUUAAAACAGGAUCAAGGGUGUUUUUUUUUUUACCCUAAUGUUAAUGUUUAAAAAGACAAAAUAUUUGAAAAAUAGGAACUGUUAAAUAACUGUCAGAAGCUAAAAUAACAAGGUUGGCUAUGAUACAUAAUGUUAAACCUCUUACUAUAAGCUAAACUUAAUAUUGCUUUAAAAAGAAGGAUUUAGAAUGUGGUUUUAGAAUAGCAAAAACACUAAGCUGGUUCGACACUAGCACAAUCUAAUUCCAUGCGGAUUUCCUGCUCUCUCUCUCCCCCCGCCUCCCCAAAUAUGCCAGAGCAAGGGCUGAAUAGAUGUAGACCUCUCAAAGAAGCUGCAGUUAUAUUGCCCCACUGUUUAGGGAGUAGAGGAAGAAAGAGCGACUCUUGUGAAUUGCAGUCUAUUUGUUGUAAAUGUACUGCCCUGGCUGCCAGAUCAGAUUAAAGACUCAAAACACACAGCUCUGUUUGUGUGUGUGAUUCCCUGUCCAGUCCAGUGAUACAUUGUACUGCAACCGUCUGUGUAUUUAUCUAUGUAAUAUGUAUAGUUGGAUUUGGGAGACUGUGUAGCUUUCCAAAAGAUAAAGACUAUUAUAAUUUUUUUAAAACAAGAAAGUUCUGUAAUUAAAAUAGAAACUUUUUUUAAAAUACUGUGCUUUUGAGUUGUGCCACCAAGAGUGAGGAUUCUCUGUUGGUGGAGUUUAGCUCAAAUUAUUACAAGCUGGGCCAAGAGUCUUGCAGGCAGAUUUAUGCACAUACUUAACAUCCUUGCGAGUCUCAUCACAAUUCUACAUUCAGUCCUCUAAAUGGUUCUACUGAAACUGGUAGGAAAACACAACAGUUUUGAAUGUGUCUCCUUAUGUGUAUAUCGAAUAAUGUAAGGGCAAACAAAUCCAGAGUUUGGAAAAGUUAUUACUUUGGACUGUAACUCCAUAGCCAUUGCCAAGCUGGCUGAAAGAUUCUGCUGGUUUUAGCCCAAACUAUAGGCUGAAGUUCUACAGCAGACAUUUAACCACGAUGUCAUGGCUACACUCCAUCCCCUGAUCUGGCCCAGGAAAUCCACCUCAAAAUCCAGCCAGCCACACAGGGAUGUGGAAGCAGGGUGCUGAAGGAGGAUGCAUUCAGCCCCUUCCCACCAGCAAGCCACAGUGCACCAAAGAGUUGCAGCAGGACUGUUUUAUAGGGUCCGUGCUUCUGCUCCUUGCACUGUGGCUCACUGGUGGGAAGCAACAAGACAUGUCAUCCUUUAAUGCCUCCUUCACCAGAGCUACAGAACUCUGUCCCUUGGUGGCUGGAUUUUAAGAUGGGUUUUCAGAGUAGGAAACAGCUACAAGGUUGUAAAUCUAGGUUAACUAUAUCAUAACUGAUUAACAAGUUGCUAGCCAUUUUUUCUAAGCUCUGUAGAAAUCCACGGCUGUAAUUCCAUAUGGUGCUUAGUGUGGACACAAGAAGAUGGAGAUGAAGGCAGCUCUGAAAUUGUCAAAGGCAGCAUAAAGUGAUGAACUGCAAACCAGUGCCAAAAUUCUAAUUCAUUAAAUAAAAAAUACUCUGUGUUUUAACUGUUUGCCUUUAAGGGUAAUACUGCUUCCCAUUCUCACAUUUCAAAACGAUCUCUCAGAGUUCUGUUUAUUUAAAGUGUAAAUCAAAUAAUGCCUUUUCGGCAUAAGAUUUCAUAGGUUACAGCAAAUUUCAGAGACAGAAAUAGAGAAAAGCUGGCAGAACAACAGAAUGAGGUAGUUAAUGGGAAGUUUAAGAACAAGGACUGCUGAGAGUAAAGAAAGCAAGAAGUAAGUUUUGUUCUGUUCAGUGAGGCUUACUCCCAAGUAUUUAGGAUUAGCUUCCCAGUCCAUAGUAGUCAAAAGAGAAAUUUUAUAGGUUUGAAAUAAACAAAUUUUGGUAUUUUUUAGUUCAGUGAGCAAUGUUUCUCCUUGGAAUCAAUAACAGCCAAAACCAAAACCCUCACACUGGGUUGUAGCCUAUGUCAUUAUUAGUAGCUUAUGAAUUCUUGUUAUUCUACCUCUUCAUUUUAUACAUAGAGCAAAAUCAGUCUUCUAGAACAUGGGCACCCUAAGGUCUCAUGCACUAUCUAGUGAGCCAAAACUGUUCAAUGGGCCUAAAAACUAUUUUUGUACUUCUAUGUGCAUUUCCCUUUUUUAAGUUCAUAUAUACAUGGUGGCUUAGUGGUUAAGACACCAGUUCUGACCAUCGUAAAAUUGGAAGGUUGGUAGUUCAAGGCCCAAGUGCCGCGUGAUGGAGUGAGCUACCAUAACUAGUCCCAGCUUCUGCCAACCUAGCAGUUCAAAAGCAUGCAAAUGCAAGUUCAUAAAUAGGCACCACUUUUGUGGGGAGGUAACAGCGUUUGGUGCAGUCAUGCUGGCCGCAUGAUGACAAAGUCAUCUUUGACAACGCUGGCUCUUCGGCCUAGUAAUGGAGAUGAGCACAGCCCCCUGCAGUCGGUCAUGACUUGACAACCUCGUCAAAGGGGAAACCUUUACCUUUAUAUGCUCUUUUAUUCUCUAGAAACCAUUCAGUUUAUCCAGUGCAUACUAACAAGACAUUUUAGGGAACACAGUAUGCUUUUGGAAACCAGUACUCCAAAAGAGCACUUUCUUAUAUAACUUUGAGAAUGUGUUGAAGUUUGAGAAUCCCUUGAAGACAUAUUGUCAAAACACACUGGAAUAUUGUUAUUCAGUUCUCCACUUGGUACUGUGUAAAAGAUGUGUCAUGUACAAAUAGCUGAAUGUGCAUGUUGCGAGCACUGCUGGCUUCAGUUGUGGGACAUGUGCAGAACUAAAAUCAUGGACAUUUUGGCAAGAAGGACCUCAAAGAAAUUGUAGCCAUGCAGAAACUCAGAAUUAAGUCAAAGGAUAAGAGUUGUAUCUUCAAAUGUUCUGCAUCAUGCCAUUUCAACACUGAUUCAUCUGUCAAGGAAGCCCUUCCUUCCCCACAUCUCACAGAACAUUUGGAUUAGAAGUGGGGAACCUUUGGUCCUUAAGAUGGCUUUGGACUUCAUCUGCCAUUAACCCCACACAACAUGGCUGAUGGUAAGAUAUUAUUGGAGUUAAAUCGUAAAACACCCAGACCAAAGAUUCCCAACUUCUAUGCUAUAAGUUAUCUCAGAGGAUUCUGGAACACAUUUUAGGAGGGAGACUGUUGGCUAGGACCACUGGGUGUCCUUGCUGCCCAAGUGAAUUCCAGCCAAUACUCCUGCAUUUUACAGGGAAAGAUCAGUAACACUAGACAAAACUACCUGCCUUGAAGCUUAAUUACCAUUACUGCUUUUCUCAUUGAUCAGUCUCUUGUUAUGUUUCUGGGGAGGAUCCUCCAGAGAACAAUGAGAAAACCAAAGUCUUACCCUUCAUUGCCAGCCAGGAACUUGGCCCAUGGUAUGUGACUCCAAGUAAAGAAUGUAAAACAAGAGGUUCCAGUUGCAUAGUAUGGUCAAAUGAUUCUGCAUCACAACUAAGCAAUCCAUGCACACACAGGUUGUCAUAGUGAGAAAGUCAAUUUGCAUGGCAAACUCUACAUAUGAAAAACCCAAAGCUUCCUUAGAAACUCUGGCUCAGAAGACUUGUUAAAAUCCUCUGUUUGUUCCUUGCAGUGCUAUCCUAGUCGGGAGAGGAAUAGGGAACUUCUGAUCUUCUUGAUGAUUUGGGUUAGAGCUCCCGCCAUAGAAUCAUAUUUAAUCUUUUCACUUUUGGGAGCUUAAAUGUUAAACAUCUGGAAGGCCAGUGACUCAGCAAGUCCCCACUGUGGUCAGUGGGACAUAUGCCCAGGUGGCUUAUGUAGGGGGUUGCAGUUCCAGAAUGUACUUAAUUGUAGGAUCUAAUGCUCCCAUCAUCACUGAUCUCAUACUGGGUAUGGUCUGGGAAUACAGUGGGGCUGGAAACAGAGUGAUGGCCAAAGAGGCAUGUAUUUUUGAGGGUGGCAGAGGUGGUGGUUUCCAGUGCUGUGCACGGAGCUGCUGCUGGCAGAAGGCAAGAGGACCUGUUGUGUACUCUGGAGCCCUUUCAUGCACUGACAGGGUUUCUCUGUGUCACAGCCACUGAGCUGUACUAUCAUGCUGUUAACCAAAGGGUAGAAAUUAAAGUAACUAUGAACAACAUGCCAAAAAAAGAAGAAAAUCUCAAAGUAAAACUUUGUUCAAGACUAUCUUUUGCCUCGUUUAUUUAUUUUUGUGGUAUAUGGUAGAAAUUUUUAGAACACAAUUUUCCAUAAACUUGAUAAAUUAAUGUUGUUUGUUAUAGCUUUUUUUUAGUGUUGCUUUGAAUUGUAAAUAGAUGAUGGAAAAAGAUGUACAUAUUUUUUUUGUAAGGCUUCAAAUGUUUAAUCCGGGGGAGGGGGGGGAAGCAUAUAUUGGUUGCUGUUUUGCUGCUUUAUCCCCUUCUCUUUUUCUCUCCCUGCCCAUAUUUUUGUAUGGUGAUAUAUGCUAUGCAGAUGACUGAGCAAACAGCUAUAUUGUUGUUGAAAGAGAUUGAAAUGGUUUAUAUAUAAAAAGACAAUUUUGACAAUAAAAA